AUGGACGAGGAACGCCCCGGGGAAGGCGACGGUGAACUCUGUCUGAACGACGAUCCGGACCACAAUUUAGAGUCAGAUCGCGGCGAUGUGACGGUGGACUCCGUAGACGUCGAGGACACUGACGACGAGGACUUCGAUCCGACCAAGAAGAGCCAGGGAUCGUCGGAAGACGACGAGGAGGACGACGACGAGGAGACCUCGAUCGAUGGGGACGAAGAGGAGGAGGAGGACGGGGACGAGGAGGAGGAGGUGGAGGACGGGGAGGACGAGGAGGACGAUCAAGACGAUGAUGUGGAGGAGGGAGAUUUGGACGUAGGCGAGAUCGCGGACGUCGAUGCGAGGCCCCAGUCGCCCGAAGGAGUUGAUGAGACCGCUCGAGACGAAGAUCUCGUGGAAGGCCUGCCAGACGUGUCCGAGGCUGAGAUGGAGGAACUCUUCGACAGCGACGUUACAGAGACUGACGACGAAUCUGAAAAGGACGACGACGACGACGAUGUCGAUGAUGUCGAUGAUGUCGAUGAGGAGGAUGAGGAUGCGGAAAUGAUUCAUGAGCGCGCGCACGUCGUCGAAGCAGACGCGCCGAUGGUGGAGGGAGAUUCUCGUGAGGCGUCGAGCCUACCUCCGCGCGACGAGCCCAGAGACAUGCCCGUCGUCCUCACGCCGAUCCAUCCCGCACUUCGCCCGGACGAAGCAACCGUACCGUCAUCAUCUGACCCGCUCGUCGUUGGCCAGAAGCGUCGUCUCCUCGGGAGCCUAGCGAGCGACGACGAGGGUGCGGAUGCGGGACCGGCGAAGCGAACGCGCGCGAAUCUGUCGCUGGUUGACAUCGACUUUGACUUCAUCGAGCGAAUGCUGCCGCUGCCGGACGAGGACGCGUUCGGAGAGUACGGAGAGUACGACGACAAAGAAGAGUGGUCCAACUUCCUAUCUGCAAUAUCGCUCGACUUCCAAGUUCCCGAGGAAGAUGACGCGGGUGCAAGGGCGGACGACGAGGGAACCGGCGCAGGAUCAGCUGGAGACGACGAGGAGGACGAGGAGGACGAGGACUACGCCGUGGUUGACCCAAAAGCCGCGCGGGUCGAGCGAAGACUCGCACUGGCGACACUGCCUCCUGCUGCGCGACGCAAGACGAAGCGGCGCAAGACAAAGUACGUCUACCGCCCAAAGUCGGAGCGGCCACAGUACCGCGAGCGUCCCAUCUACUCCUUCGUGCGGACUCGAUCGGCGAGGCAGGCGGCAGAGCGCAAGAAGCGAGCCGCCGAGGAGACCGCCGCUGCUGUCCCUGGGAAACCUCCCGCGGACAUCGGGAUGAGCAACUUGGGCGAAGCAGCGAAGGUUUCCGGUCGACCAUCGGCGCGCCCACUCGCACCGAGCAUCCCCCGCGGCGACUUCACCCCGGCGCAGGUCGCGGCGCUGCACAAGACGAUACACGACCACGUCCAGCUCCUUCUACAGACCUACGCGCGGACUGCGUGGAACCAGACUCCCGAAGCACAGCUCGUGGCGCGUCGAACCCGCGGCUUGAUAGAGCAGCUCGUGCAUGACACCAAGCAACGGCUGAUGCUGAAAGUGCAGAGUAAGGCGCCGCCGUACCCGACGGAGUGGUUCGCGAGCCCGCAUGAUGCGAUGCGAGCGGUAUCGGAAAACAUCCCGGCGGCAAAAGCUCGCGUGGUUCACAAUCAUGAUGCGACGAAAUGGUGGCCCAAGGUUACUCACAGCGUUUUCACCGUGCUCGACGUCGCGCCACUUCGGGAUGCGCAUCGAUUUAUUCAUGGCGUGGAGAAGGCGGGCAUGUAUCUUCCGGUGCCUGCGGGGCCAAAUGUGCCGCCGCCGCCCGCGUUGGUCGAGGCAGCGAAAAGCUCCAACCCCGCGGCGGCAAACGCGGCUCGCGAGGAGGCACAUCGAGUCAUCGGCGCAACUGAGGCCAUUUUUGGAAGAUUGAGCGAGCUGUUCCGCGGUGAGGGUGAAGGCUCGACUUUACCGAGUGCAAGCGCGCUCGGCUGGGGCUCAGCAGAUACCGAGCCCAGUGAAGGCGGCAGGGGAAAAGCGAGAACGCGUCGCAAGCCCCCACCCAACGAGAUUGUGCCCUUCUACAUCCGCGUACCUCGCAGUGUGGUGGCAGCGUCCCGACCGCUAGCGCCGAAGGUCAAUCCGAACCUCUUGCCGCGCGUGCCGCACGUCAGGAUCGCCUCUGACGACUUUCAACUGCGGUGGCUGCCCGCCGAGGACGAGCUCCUGGCGACUGGUAUUCUCAACUACGGCAUCAACUGGGAACUCAUCCACAGGACGCUUCUUCCCGCCAAAUCGGUCAAGCAGAUCACCCAGCGACAGAAGAACCUCUGCAACUCCACACGGUUCAAGGGAGACAACUCUGUCAAGACGGCGAAACAGCGCGUGAUGCGGCCGCUCGCCGCUCACGAGAUUGCGACAAUCCAGGAGGCACUCUUUCGCGACGGCGCGAGGUCAGGGGCUGAGGACUGGCACAGGUUGUGUUCGAGGUUCCUCCCUACGCGGCAUCCCUCGUGUUUGGAGCGACUUUGGCGCGAGGCGCACCCAGACGGCCCUCCAGCCUCGUACCCCGUUGGCAGAACCAACACUGAGAACGAAGCGAAGGACGCGAGUGUACAAGGGCCCACGCCGUUGGCUUCCAUAAACAUGAUACACACGAGCCUGCACGACAACAAUACGCCUGCGAUCCUAGGCGCGCCGCAGCAGCCUCGCAUCGAUGCGGCGGAUGCGAGCACGGGGGCCAACGGCACCUUGCUCCACCCAUCCCUGCUUGUCCACGGCGACAAUGAAGAGAAGGCUCGUGCCGAUCAGGGCGAAGCCGUUUCAGGUCGCAUCUUUGGUGACAAUUCCAGAGAUGGGUUGACGGACGCGGCGUUGUCUGUGAUGUUGUUUGCCAGUGAGGCGUCCAGAGAGGCCCCGGAGAUAAUGUUUGAGCGUGAGGAGAUGCUGGACAGCGAAGAUGACGAGGACGAAGACGACGGCGGCGGUUCGCGAGGCGGUGGCGGCGUCGAUACGCAAAGAGGAGCGAUGCGACGAAGGCGUCGAAGCUCCGGAGUCUCGAGGCUCGCGUCGGUGGCGGUUGGUGAGAAGCGGGACAGGGCUGAACGGGAGGCGCUCAGCUCGGACGAGGAUGAGGACGACGGAUUGGAGCGCGAGGAAAUACUCAGUGACUCGGAAUCGGAAGACGCGGCGGAGCAAUCCGAGCUUGAGGAUUCCGCGUCAGAUGGAGCAGUGACGGCCGCAGCGACGGGCGAUGAUGCGAAAACAUCCGAGGUGAUGUCGCGACAGAUCGCGCCUCCUCAAUUGGCACCAUCGCAGCCAGAUGGCACUCGUACGGGCAUCCUCGCGUCGUUGGACACGAACCCUCCACCGGAUGUGGGCGUCGCCCCUGCUGCUUCGGCAGAUGCUCCGACAACAAUGGCAGGGAUUGUUGCGUCGAUAAACGCGGCGGAGAAGAGCCCUCAGCAGUUUGGUGCACGGGAGCCCUUGCGACCGGUUUCACACGCCUGGACCCGUGAUCAGGAUCACUCAAUCUUGAUGGCUGCUCAGAGAAGCGGCGCAAAGCUCGAGACUUGGACCUCCCUCAUUGACAAAGGAGGUGGAUGCGCGGGUGCGACGAGUGAUCAGGUGGCAGAGCGCUUCGCGUGGCUCUGCGAACGCGCAAAGACGCAGAAAUGCUCGAAACCGCAGGCGUACAACAGACGGAAGUCGCAGACGACGGAUUAG